AAGUGGGCGGGGCUGGAGGUCCAGGCAGCUCUCUAAGCGCUUGCUCAGCUUUCACCUGAGACUCGCAGUCGUUGUCGGUCGUGUUUGCUGUGCAGGAACAAGUAUGCUCCGUACUGUGAUUUCUCGGGUGUCUCCCCUGCUGAGUCGAGUCUCGGCCUGUCACUACUCUGCGGCCGCCAUACCAGCGCCCAACACUCAGCCCGAGGUCCACUACAACAAGCUGUUCAUCAACAACCAGUGGAAGGAUGCCAUCAGCGGGAAGACUUUUCCGACCAUCAAUCCAUCGACCGGGGAAGUCAUCUCUCAAGUAGCAGAGGCUGAUGAGGUAAACAAUCUGCUCCAAAUAAACCCCAACAGGAUUUCAAGCACAAUGGAAGAGGACAUGAUGGUUUAUUAUUGUCUGACUAAAGCAGAGAAACUGAAAAAGGCAUGGAACUUUCCUCUCUUGAUGAUGGCCUGGAAAAUCGGCCCUGCCCUAGCAACUGGUAACACUGUGGUGAUGAAGACUGCAGAGCAGACACCACUCACAGCGCUCUAUGUAGCUAGCCUGAUCAAAGAGGUGGGCUUUCCUGAAGGUGUUGUCAAUAUCCUGUCUGGUUUGGGGCCGACAGCUGGGGCUGCCAUCGCAAAACACAUGGAUGUUGACAAGGUGGCCUUUACUGGAUCCACAGAGGUCGGUCAUCUAAUCCAGCAGGCUUCAGGCAGCACUAACCUAAAGAAAGUCACCCUGGAGCUGGGAGGAAAGAGCCCCAAUAUCAUCCUGUCUGAUGCUAACAGUAUGUAAUCCGUGUGUGUUCAUCUGUAAAGCCUGUAUACUGAGUGUUUGUAGUAUUAUUUUAUUUAUUUAUUUGAUCAGGGACCAUGCAUUUUUACAUAGAAAACGUCUGAUGUAUUGCAGAGUGUACAGCAUUAAGCUCAUUGUCA